GGAGAAACGUGAGAAUCCAUAUGUGAAGAAGAAAACUGGUUGGAUCGCUGCAAGAAAAAGAGAAGAAAGAGAUGGCGACUGCCACAGUUCUCAGCCGCUUGUCACUGACACCGAACCUAUCUUCCAAACCAAAAUCGUUUUCAAACAGAAGAACAACUCCUACGACUGUUUCCGUCAGAGCGCAAGCUUCUUUCUCCGACCCAUUCGUACUUCAGCUAGCAGAAUCUCUCGAAGACUCUCUCUCCCCUUCUCCUUCUCCUUCUUUACCUCUCCAGAGAAUCCGAGACUCUUCCGCGGAGUCCCUCUUAUCAACCCCAUGGCCAUCCCGAAGAGACGAGCCUUUCCGGUUCACCGACACAUCAUUCAUCCGUUACUCCCAAAUCGAACCGGUCUCGACCCAGCAGCAACCCAACUCGGAGAUUCUCGACAACCUGACGGAAACCCACUUUCCAAACGCGGUGAUUAUCGACGGGUUCGUCUCCAAUUUGACGAUCGCCCCAUCGGAUUUGCCCGAUGGUGUUUACUUCGGGAGCUUCUCGGGUCUACCGGACGACCUCGCUAACCGGGUCUCCGAAUUCAUCGGAGAUUUCGACUCCGGUGAUCUGUUCUGGUCGAUUAACGGCAUGGGGGCACCUGAUUUGACUGUGAUUUACGUUCCGGCUGGAUGUAAGGUGGAGAAUUCGAUUCAUCUGAGGUACUUUUCUGGUCAAACCGGUGACCGGGAAUCGAAAAGGUUACCGGUAUCGAAUCCUAGGGUUUUUGUCUUGGUAGAGGAAGGAGGUGAGAUUGGUAUAAUCGAAGAGUUUGUGGGUAAAGACGAACAAGGGUUUUAUUGGACCAAUCCUGUUUUGGAAGUUGUUGUCUUAAAGAAUGCCAAGGUUAAGCAUUCCUACUUGCAGCAAGAGUCUACGGCUGCUGCUCAUAUCAAGUGGACUUUCGUCCGACAGGAGGCAGAGAGCGAGUACGAGCUUGUAGAAGUGAGUACCGGCGGGAGAUUAGGGAGGCACAAUGUUCAUGUGCAGCAACUGGGGCCCGAUACGCUCACGGAGCUAACAACGUUUCAUAUGUGCGUCAACGACCAGACUCUUGAUCUCCAUAGCAGAAUUGUUUUAGACCAUCCCCGAGGCUCUUCCCGUCAGCUCCACAAGUGUAUCGUUGCUCACUCCUCUGGUCAAGCUGUGUUCGAUGGCAAUGUCCGAGUUAACAAGUAUGCUCAACAGACGGACGCGGGACAACUGACGAGAAGCCUUCUUUUGAAACCUCGAGCCACCGUGAACAUAAAACCCAACCUUCAGAUCAUUGCAGAUGAUGUCAAGUGCUCACACGGAGCUGCUAUCAGUGAUCUCGAAGAAGACCAGCUCUUCUAUUUCCAAGCUCGUGGGAUCGACUUGGAGACUGCAAGAAGAGCUCUCAUUUCCUCUUUUGGUUCAGAGGUGAUCGAGAAGUUUCCAAAUCGGGAAAUACGCGACCAAGCUAGGAAUCACGUCAAGUCCUUACUCUGAUCUUUACAAAGACAACAAUCAUCUCAAACCUAUCGCGUGGUAUUCACGCGUCACUCCUGCGAUUCAUCUGUAUGUGUUCAUUACUAUGUGAGGCCCAUCGAUUUUGGUUUAGGCCCAUUUAAAAGAAAACAACAAACAGUUGGCUUCUAUGUGAAUUUUAACAGCGUGCAGUUUUUUU